AUGAGAUCUAUAUCUGCUCCAUUCAAACCACCCAGGUUUGUUAGACAGAGUCAAAGUGACCAAGGGUCGGGAGAAGAAGAGAAGGAAGACGUGGAAAUACUGCUGCUGCCGCCAAAAUCUACUUCUAGAUCUAAAAAAACGGCCCCAACGCGUAUCUAUGCUCCAAUAAGUAAACAGGUAGACAGCCAACCUAGUCAGCCUAGUCAAGAUGUCCCAGAACUUAGACAAGUAUCGGGGAAAAAGUAUGUGGUUCAGUACCGGAAAGUCACCAAUAAGAAGAACAAGACAUGGGAUGGUGAUGGGACUUUGGAAAUAAGUGAUCAAAUGGUCUUAAAGAUAGAUAAGAGAAGAAUAGUAAGGCCGUUGAGUAAAAUUGAUGGGAUUAUCAAAUUCGGAGGCUUUGAAGUUGAAAUUGAUUAUGAAGUUGAAAGUUCUGAUCAACCUACUCAAGAAUCUCAGCCUAAACCACUAUUGAGAGGUCCUAGUAGAGCCAAACGUCCUUUCACCAAACUUACAACCAAUGUACCAGUUUCAGAAGAGAAGAAAUCUAAACAAGGACCUUUGUACCCAAUUGAAGAGGAUUCUUUCAUUAUGAAAAGUCUUUCACCUGAUCAUAAACCGGUGAUAAUAGAUCCAUCUUUAAGUAAACAUUUACGUCCUCAUCAGAGAGAAGGGGUGUCUUUUCUUUAUGAAGGAGUUAUGGGGUUCAACGAUACCACUGGGGUAUUAUUAGCAGAUGAGAUGGGUUUAGGAAAGACUCUUAUGACCAUUACUUUGAUAUGGACGUUACUCAAACAAUCACCUUUACCUAAUGUGAAAUCUGUUGGUUCCAAAGUUCUUAUAGUUUGUCCCGUCACUUUGAUCAACAACUGGAAGAAAGAGUUCAAAAAAUGGAUCAAUCUUAAUCAAUUAGGAAUUCUAGUGCUUGAUUCCAACACCAAACUGGAUUUGAAAAACUUCAAACUGACCAGAGUUUAUCAAAUUCUAAUAAUGAGUUAUGAAAAGUUACACAAUUGUGAAAAUGAAUUACAGGAAGUGCUGUUUGAUCUUCUUAUCUGUGACGAAGGACACAAAUUGAAAAACACCAACAAUAAGAGUUUAAAGAUCUUGAAAUCUUUGGAUAUAGAGAAAAAAGUUCUUCUAUCAGGUACACCCAUACAAAAUAAUUUGAACGAGUUCUUUACAUUGGUCGAUUUCAUCAAUCCGGGAGUUCUAGGAUCGUUCAAUCAAUUCCAAAAGAAUUACAUACGGCCAAUUGAACAAUCUAGAGAUGUCAAUUGCUAUAAUCAAGAAAUCCUCCUCAAAGGUGAAGAAGUCAGUAACCAGUUAUCGGAAUUAACAUCCAAGUUCAUCUUGAGAAGGACCAAUGAAGUACUUUCCAAAUAUUUGGGAGAAAAGACUGACUUACUUGUAUUUGUCAAGCCAACAUCGUUCCAAUUACAGUUAUUCAAACAAAUUUCUUCUUCGGUGACUUACACCACUGAAAAUGCCUUGAAUAUGAUUAAUCUUUACAAAAAGAUUUGUAACUCUCCUAAGUUGGUCAACGGGGAUAACUUAUUCACAUCUUUAGAUUUAUCAAUGAAGGAACUCCCAGUUGCUAGUGGGAAGAUCAAUUUGUUGAUAGCUUUGAUGAUUGAAAUCCAUGAAAAGAAAGAAAAACUAGUACUUAUUUCCAAUUAUACUAAAACUUUAGACUUAUUUGCAUCCAUAUGUUCCAAGUUGAAUUAUGGAUUCUUAAGACUUGAUGGGUCCACAACAUCAGCUAUGAGGUCUUCGGUGAUAUCUCAAUUCAACAAUACCAAAUUUCCCCAAUUCCCAGUUUUCCUUCUAUCUUCAAAAUCUGGAGGUUUUGGUAUCAAUCUUAUCGGAGCUUCUAGGUUGAUUUUGUUCGACAAUGAUUGGAAUCCUGCCACUGACCUCCAAUCUAUGUCGAGAAUUUAUAGAGAUGGUCAAACCAGGCCAGUAUUUAUUUAUAGAUUAUUUACAACAGGUUGUAUAGACGAGAAGAUAUUCCAACGUCAAUUGAUGAAAACUAACCUAAGUGAUGCUUUCUUAGAUAAUGGUAGUAGCUCCAAUGUUUUUGGAAUGGAUGACUUGAAAGAUUUGUUCACGGUAGUUGACACGGAUUGUAAUACUCAUGAUCUUCUAGAGUGUCCCUGUACUGGGGACGGUGAAAAUAUGGAUGUCAUAGCUAGUGCAUCGUCUGAGCCUAGAAGUGAGAUCUCCUUGGGAAGUGAUUGGAUCUCAGCCAAAGAUUUCCAAGAAACACCUUCUAAAAAGUCUAUCCAGUUAGCUUUGAAUGACUAUAGACACCUUAAAGAUAAUUAUCAUGAUGACAUCCUCGAUAAAGUGAAGAAGAACGGUAUAUCUUAUGUGUUCACCAAGGUUACCAAUAACGACAACAAAGAGAAUUUGAGUCAAGAAUAG